AUGGGGUCCAGCCUACUCCGUCGCUAUCUGGCUACGUGUGCGGCCUUGUGGAUGCUCCAUGGGAUAUCGGAGCAUUCCCGCUGCUCGGCCCAAAGCUUCAGCGCUCUUUAUGAGUCCGACUGGACCAACCUCAACGCGUCGUAUGCUUCGUUCUGCAACAUGAGCCUUAACAACUCCUUUGGAUGGGAUGGGGUCGCGCCCAGACUCCAAGAGCCCCAGCGGACAAUCAUUCUCGAGAGCGGUGCAUGGGACAGCGCGCGACUGUCGACCCAUAUCGUCGAGAUCCUCAUCAGAGAAGUACUGGGGUACAAAGUUAUGGUCAAGGAGUAUGUUGGCGGAGUUACCACCGGCAAUCGCGUCAAGUAUCAGAUCGUGGACGCCGCUGUCGAACUGUGGACCUCCGACGCGAGCUACUACAACCAAAUGGUGUUGUACGAGCACUCGAUUCUCGAUGCCGGCAAGAGUGGAUAUACGGGUCAGAUCGGAUGUAUCAGCCCUUCGAUAUCCAAGAUGCAAGCCGACAUGGGAGAAGGGGCCGGCGUUCCGAGUGUGCCAAAGAUCGAUACGGGUCUAACGACCGCGAUUGUGCAUCUUCUCCUGGCGGCGAUCCUCAGGGUUGUUCAGGCGUAUUCAAACUAUUACAUGGACUUUUGGAGGUCGCUGCGGAUCCCGGCGGCGCUGUCGAUCUAUCCGCGCUCGGGAAUGGGGGUGCACAUGACGAUCAACAAUCCGCCCCAGCCGACCUGCACUGGCAUCACGGGUGGCUGUCAAAACGGAACUUAUGUUCCUUCCCAGUGCAUCAACAACACCCACUGUGUCGAGUUUCUGUCCUAUGGAUACACGCCCUUUUACAGCGAGCGCCUCAUUGACGGACUGAAACUGAACAUCACGGUCAACUACAUGGUUCGUGACAAUUCAAGCCUGGAAUCCCUGGCUAUUGGCUGCAUGUGUUCGGGAUGA